GCAGAGAUCUGUUUACAAACUGCUGUGAGCUGGAGGAGAAGUGCUGGGCACCAUUAAGGAGAGGGAGAGAGAGAGAGAGAAAAGCAGAGAGUUGGAGUGAUAACGGAAGAGGGUAUUUGUACAGACUUCAAUUACAAAUCUUUUAUUUUUACCCUUUCGUCGUCGCCCCUGCUUUGUCUUUUUUUGCGAAAAGAACGAAGGAAGCAGAUCAGAUGGUGGGGGCUGACAGGGGCGGCGGGAGGACAACGCUAAUGCGGGCGUGACGCUGGCUGAACCGCGGGGAACCGCUCGCGUCCUUUAUUUGUUUGCUCUGUAAUUGGCUGAGGCAUAUUUUCACAGCCGUAAAACUAUCGUAGCAAGAAGAAUCAGAAAAGAAAACGAGGGAUCAGGGGAAAGAGUAAAAAAAAAAACAGCAGACUUUAGUAGAGGGGUAUAAGCUCGGUGACAAUGUUUUGAAGGGAGACAAAGCAAAAACAGCAAUUUACAUGUUUUUUCUGGAUUUGGGGAGUAUUUUUGGGGUUAUGUUCUGACUAUCAUCAAUGUCACUGACGAGGCUGUAACCUACAAGUAUUGGAGGACCAUCUCCCGCAGUAUAAACAAGGCUAGAUCAUCUGGAUGUCAUUGUUUAUGCUUGGGGUGUAAAUGCAAUACGCAUUUAUUUUCCGUCUACUGCAUCAAGUACCCAUCUGCAAUUCUUUUGAGCAUGUGUCUGGAAGGACCUUUUCCAGAUCCAGUUUUUGCUUGAAUAUUGUCAUAAUUCGCAUUUAGUCUGAAGUCAGUACUAUGAGUGGAUUAUAAGCAUGGUUGACUUGACUUUAAAAACUCUCAGUAGACUGUAAAGAACCAGAGAUCCCCUUAAGGAGAGUUCGUACAAGCUCACUCAACAAUAUGAACUGACACCAAAUCCAUUAACCAGAGAUCAAAAAUCUAUAAGUAUUUGAAGGGUUUGCUCUUGAGAGGUGGAAAUCAUAUGGACUUCCAUAGAUCAAUCACAGUACAAUCAACUUGAUUGGUCAGCGCCUAAAAAAAAUCCAAGGACAAUUGUGACCUCCCAUGUGACAUCGUGAAAGAUUGUGGCUGAAAACAUUGACCUCCAUCCACAGUUCCCUCUUUGGUGUCUCUGAAGACCAGAGGCUGGUUUCAUGCACCCUGUUCAGUGGUGCAACGGAUGUCUGUGUGGUAUAGGAUUGCUGAGUUCCGACCCCUACUGCAAGAUGACGUCUGAAGAGAUCUACCACCUCCCCCUCAACGUCUAUGUCAUCAUUCUGGGAAUUGGCCUGUUCAUCUUCAUGCUCAGUCUCAUCUUCUGUUGCUAUCUCUUUCGGUUGAGGCGACAAGGCACCAGAGAGCAGUAUGGCUAUAAUGAGGUUGUUCUGAAAGGGGCCGGGAAGAAACUGAGCCUUCUUGGACAGACCUGUGCAGUGUGCUUAGAAGAGUUUCGGAGCCGAGAUGAGCUCGGAGUGUGUCCCUGCUCACAUGCCUUUCACAAGAAGUGUCUUCUGAAAUGGUUGGAGAUCCGUAGCGUGUGUCCCAUGUGCAAUAAACCCAUCUGCCGCUUGCAGCCAGACCCGCCGCAAGAGGCCGAAGGGCCUCAGAGCCCCCUGGAGGUGUGAGAGGGUGGAGGGAGCCCACCACAGCACCUUUCCAUCAACAGGAGUGUCCAACCUGGGGCACAGAGGGGUCCCACCACGUCCAUCACCACUACUAAUCUAUCCCAGAGAAUCUCCCACCACGAUACAAAAGGGUACCUUUCCUGACUUGACAUCAUAAAUACAACCCCUUGGAUCUGAUGGAUCUUUCAUCGUCAAACUCACCUCACCCCUUGACAGUCUUUUAAGAGUCCUUUGAACAUUUGUAGAAACCAACCGGAAGGUGUGUGUGUAUUUGUGUGUGUGUGUGUGUGUAAAAAGGUUAUAGGAAAUAGAUAUACUGUAUGUGCACUGGAGGACGAAAAAACAUUAUCUACCCAACAUACAGGGUAUAAAAAGAGCCUCAAUCCUAUAACCACACCAUACUGCUUGAAGAUAAGGAUAUCCACAAAGAAGACAAGGAAUCUAAGAAAGAACUGGGAACUGUGUAUUUUGGUCAUAGUCUUCCAUAACACAGUCAAUACCCUUCACCCCACAAUGCCAAGCAAAAUGAAGAAGGCUUUCCUUCAGUUAAGAGUGGAAUAAUUAACUUGGGGCCUGAUUGGAGGAGAAUCCUCCUCACACAUACAUACAUGCCACUCUCACAACUGCCGUCACUCGCCUAUGAGGUAUCCAGCUAUGACUUAGGGUUAGAAAACCCAGUCACUAAUUAAUGCAUCGAUAAAAGAUAUAUCCAUAGUCUUUAAGUUAUUUCUAAGGAGUUGUUUUGUAUUAUAACUGGCUUUGAAUAAAGUGUAGUGUUUAGUGAUA